AUGGUUCCUGCACUAGAAGGCCGAGGUAUCAUCGGGCGUGCAAAAACGAGAACUGGGAAGACAUUAGCCUUUGCAAUUCCUAUAAUUAAACAACUCACUGAAGAGGAUGAAGACAACCGAAACAGUAUCGCAGGACGCCUUCCAGGAGUUUUAGUGCUUGCACCGACCCGAGAACUGGCAAAGCAAGUAGAAACAGAAAUCAAAGAGUCCGCCCCGUACCUACGCACUGUUUGUGUCUAUAUCGGUGUCUCUGACACUUUACAGAAAAAUCAACUGUCACGCGGCGUUAAUAUAGUGGUUGGCGCUCCCGGAAGACUCAUUGACCUGGUCAACUGUAAUGUUCUUAAAUUAGGAGAAGUUCAGUUCUUGGUUCUUGAUGAGGCCGAUCAAAUGCUUGCGGUUGGUUUUGAGGAAGAUGUGGAAACGAUCCUUGAAAAACUUCCGCCACAGAGGCAGAGAUUUGUGGAGAUACUCAAAGCAAGAUUGCCUUUCUCCAUGGCGGAAAGGGUAGAUUCUUUGCCGUCGGACAUCGUGGAAAUAAUUUUGAAAAGUGGGAAAGAUUAUGCGCAGCUGCGAGCACAGCUAUAUGAGUUACGAGAUAGAUUGGACUCUCUUAUAUGGGAUAGAAAGGAACUUGAAGAACAUAUACGAGUUGCGAUUAAAGAGCAUGAAAUGAUGGAAAUGAUGUUAGGAGAACUUGAAGAUGAACAUGAAGAAGCAAUGCAUAGGAUUAAAAUCUUGGAGACCGAGUUGCAAGAUCUCAAGGAUGAAAACCACUGCCUAAAGGAAGUUCAUGGCAAAUCAAAAUGGGACCCGAUAAAGCACAAUAAAGAAGGAAUAUCACCAUGGAUAUCAGAUCGAUAUAGGGUCACUGGGAUUGCUCUUGGAAUUAAUGUGCUUCCAGGCUCCAUCCUCAUAAUCUUCUCAUGCUUCAACCUCAACUUCAGCAAAUUCAGGAGGAAGAGUUGA